UCUCAGGGAUAAAGAGCAAAGGGGCUGCCGGGUUGUUUAUGUGCCUGAGUGAAGCCAGGAGAGGCUCAUUGUUUUUUUGUUUCUUUUUUUAGUGGCUUUUGAGUUCUGAGGAGCAUUCACACCGACUUGUUAAUAAAAGGUAACGAGUCUGGAUCUUCAUUGGGGCAGCUUAUUUUGUAGCUGUGCUGUGGACUGAGUUCUCCCACGCCGAAUAGGCCUGGUCUUGUUUACACUCCGUGUUCCUGGCAACAUCGUCAUCAGGUCUCGCUCACAUCCCGGGGCGGGGACAACGGCGGAGGCAGCCAAUCAGCGGGUUGGUCGGAGCGCUUCUACCGGGUGUUAUAAAGCGAGCGGAACGCGUCGGCCACCUGUCAGUUAUAAGGAAACAGAGCAGUUCACACUCAGAAGAAAAGACUCUCCUACUCACGAGUGGAGUGAAAACAUCAGAAUUAGUCACUGGACUCCGCUUUGAAUCCGACUAAAGGUACAAAACGACGACUGGGUACAGUACAGUUCCACUAUUUUGGAAGUUUUGCUCUGUUUUUGGUAGUUUUGACCUUCAGUAUAAUAAUACAUCGGGACUUUACUGAAGAGUGACUCAUUUGGGACACUGACGCCUCGGUGUCCGAGCACCAUCUUUUGCAACGAGCACUCUUGUAUUUGACUGUCUGAUUUGAAAUAUGUCCACAAUAAUGGAACAGCCUUUUUAUGACGACUCGUUUCUCUCUGCUUAUGGCCAUCCAGGCGCAGCGCUGCCAGACUACAAGCUGCUAAAGCAGAAUAUGAACUUGAACUUCUCCGAUUCAUAUCGGAACUCAAACUUCAAGUCGCAACACCUGCGCGCAGACAGUGAUUUCUAUUCGGCGGGCGCGGCGGACGUGGGCUCCCUGAAGCUCGCCUCCCCUGAACUGGAGCGACUGAUCAUCCAGAACAGCAACGGAGUCAUCACUACAACGCCGACACCUGCACAAUACCUGUACAACCGCGGCAUCACAGAGGAGCAGGAGGGCUUUGCCGAAGGUUUUGUGAAAGCGUUGGACGACCUACACAAGAUGAACCAUAUGGCGCCUCCAAACGUGUCCAUCGGCACCGGCGGGGUAGCCUGCUCAGCUCCAGCGUCGGUGUUCGGCUCAGCCAUGCAGCCAGAGCCGCUCGAGUACACAACCCUGAGCAGCUGCCCCACGAACCCCAGCCUGACCUCAUCAGCCAGCUAUCCGUCCACCACCAUCAGUUACCUGCCGCAUCACCAGUACCACCAGCAUCCUCAGGCCGUUGGGCACGGAUCCCAUUUCCAACACUCCCUGGCCGCGGCCGGCAUCCACUCGCAGCGCUACGGGGGCUUGAAAGAGGAACCUCAGACCGUCCCCGACAUGCAGAGCAGCGACAACAGCUCCCCGCCGAUGUCCCCUAUCGAUUUGGAGAAUCAGGAGCGCAUCAAAGCCGAGCGCAAGCGUUUGAGGAACCGGCUUGCAGCCUCGAAGUGUCGGAGGCGCAAGCUGGAGCGCAUCGCUCGCCUGGAGGACAAAGUUAAAGUACUGAAAACAGACAACGCUGGACUGUCAAACACAGCGUCCCUACUGCGGGAACAGGUGGCCCAACUCAAACAGAAAGUCAUGACGCAUGUGAGCAGUGGCUGCCAGCUCAUGUUAGCGCCCAAAGUAAAGUCUUAUUGAAGAAACAAUGCACUUUUAAAAACACUGGACAUGAACUGCACUGACAACACAAUCAUCAGUCUUUAUACGUUGUCUGUAUGAGAACUGGAUCGUUGUGAUUUCUUUAUGGCUAAAAAGAAUAUGGAACAUUCCUAAAAGACUAAAACACUUAGGGCAUUUUUGAAUACGUUUUUAAAAGUGUCAUAUCGGCUUUGCCUGUUUACAUUUUAAUUGCUAUCUGUGACGCCUUUUUUUUACCUUGUUAUAAGUUAUUUGUGUCAGGUUGAACCCGACGAACCUGUCUUUCUUUUAAAGAAACGUGUACAGUACCCUAAUAUUUAAGUAAAAGUUAUUAUAAAUGAAAAA